AUGCGACCCUUUUCAAAACUUUUCAGUCGACCCGCAAAGCUGCUACCCAGGGCAAUGUCCUCCCUGAGUACCAAUCCCGAUCUGUUCGAGUAUACCUCGGGGCGCUUCUUAUUUAAUGAAAAGCUCCGUCUCGCUGAACGUCGCAUCCAGUUCAACGUCGAUGCUCUUGCCAGGGCCGCAUGCGACUCCGUCGACCGUCACUUCAACAACGUGGCCUCGAUCUCGAAACUCGCCGAGGGGGGCUUUAACCGCGUGUUGCAAAUUACCUUUAAUGAUGGAUAUGCAAUUCUUGCCAGGCUACCAUAUAAGACGACUGUCCCGAAAUAUUACGCCGUCGCCAGUGAAGCUGCUACGCUUGCGGUUCUGCGUGCUCACGGGAUACCGGUCCCCAAAAUCCUCGCAUAUUCUGCAGACCGGUCAAAUGCUGUUGGAGCCGAAUACAUUGUACUUGAAAGACUGAGAGGGAAACCCUUGAGUAACCAGUGGUUCUCUAUGGACACCAAAACUCGGGUUAAAAUCAUGCGGCAGAUCGUUGAUGUGGAGAGACGGUUUAUGGGUAUCCGUUUCCCAGCAAGCGGGAGCCUUUACCACCGCCGUGAUCUUGAGACUUCACGACAUGUUAUCCCUGUCUCAGACGAUAUUGUCGUUGGCCCAACUGCCCAGCAUGAAUGGUGGUAUCAAGAACGAACCUCUCUGGAGAUUGAUCGCGGCCCAUGGGAUACCUUUGCUGCGUGCUUUGAAGCACCCGCUAAGCGUGAAAUAGAAUUCUGUCACCGGUUUGGUAAACCACGCCUCCAUGUCGAACGAUACCUACGGGAAUUACACCAGUUCCAGAACCUCUCCCCUGUUCCAAACCAACACCUUCUACUCGAUUAUUUAAAACUAGCACCGUACCUUGACGUCCCAUCUGACCACUGCAUGUCUCGCCCGACACUUCGCCAUCCGGACUUUUCGCCUAAUAAUAUCCUGGUCAACACCUCCAACGAUGUGGUCGGGAUCCUUGACUGGCAACAUGCGGCCAUCCUACCUCUCUGCCUCUGCGCCGGCAUCCCCGAUCAUUUUCAAAACUGGGGCGACCUAGUCUCCGAGACACUCUCCAAACCUGAGGUGAAAUUGCCUGAAAACCUCGAUCAACUCAGCCACGAAGAACGCGCAAGCGUUCAGGAGACGAUGCGGAGGCGGAUUGUCCACUUCUACUACGCCGCUCUAACGAUGAAAGCCAUGCCGGAUCAUUUCGACGCCAUCCGAAGUGAGAGCUGCAUGCUUCGGGCGAAGCUUUUCCAGCACGCGCAGGCUCCCUGGGAAGGAGACUCCAUCUCGUUGAAAUAUGCCAUGCUCCAGGCCCUCCAGAGGUGGCCGCUAUCGCUGGACGAAGGAGCGGAGACAGUAGGGUCUAGUGCCGAGUGUCCGGUUCACUUUUCCGAGGCAGAGAAACAGAAAUGUGUGGAAGGCUUUUGCCGAGAACAAGAGAAACUGAAGGAACUGGGCGAGAUGAGAGACCUCGUCGGUACCGAUGCUCUUGGCUGGGUGUCAGGUGAGGAUGAGCUGGAACGGUGCCGGGCCGUCAUCCAGAGCAUCAAGGAUGGUUUGAUGGAGCAUUCAAGCACCGAGAUGGAGAGAACUGCAAUCCUUUCCCAUUUUCCUUUUGAUGAUCAUGAAGAAGAUGUGUGGUAA